GUGAGAUCACUAGAUUCUUCUUCAAAUAUUUUUCGCUAACGAACGUCGAGGAAACGAUUUACGCGGUUAUUGCAAUGACAUCUUUAUCAGCAGUUAAUAUGUGCAGGGACCUUCCGUCCAGCGGUUGUACAAAGAUGAUAUCUCUUAAAUACACUUAUUGCUGGACUAUCGAAAACUUUAGUAUUUUUCAGAAAAAAACGUGUGGGAAAAAGAUAGAAUCGCCAGACUUCUCAAUUGGCACUAAUGGUGAAUCAAUAUGGCAACUUUCGAUGACGCGAAAGUGGCACAGAGGUUGUAUGCGUUACAUUUUAAAUUUAACGUUAAAGUCCACCGACAAUUCCGAAUUUAACGCUACGGCUAAAAUUAAUCUAUUUAAUUCAAACGGGGAAAUAAUCCAAACUCAAGAAUAUAAAAAUAUUCUUUGCAAAAACGGUGAUCAUCUAUCCUAUGACGAUCUAACUGAAGAUUUUAUAUUAAACGAAAGUAAUUAUGUGAUUUCUGGAGAUAAACUAAAAAUUUCUUGUGAGAUUAACGAAGUGGAAACGGUUAAUAUUCCUGGGCAAGUAGCGGAGCAUAAAAUGAUCGAAUGCGAGUUAAUCGCAGAUUUACGACGUUUACUCGAAAGAGAAGAAUUUAGUGAUGUUACAUUGGCCGUGAACGGCCAUGAAAUUCGUGCUCAUAAAAGUAUAUUAGUCGCUCGCAGCAGCGUGUUUGCAGCGAUGUUUAGACACUCAAUGGAAGAGACUCAAACUAAUCGUAUUAACAUAACCGAUGUCGACUAUAUAGUAUUAAAAGAGAUGCUAACGUAUAUGUAUACGGGCGAAGUACCUAAUUUAAGUAACAAUGCUCUCCAUUUGCUAGAAGCAGCCGACAAGUAUGGCUUAGAAAGUCUUAAAACAUUGUGUCAAAAUGCACUGUAUGUUAACCCUUCGAUAGAAAAUGCUGCCGAAACCUUAGUACGGGCUGAUUUACAUAAGGCGGAUCAGCUGAAGGCCAAAACUAUAGCGUACAUCAAAACUUACUUCCACGAAGUUGCGAGUACUCAAGGUUGGCAGCAAAUGCUCACAAGUGAUCCGCGUUUAGCUGAGGAGGUAAUGCGCGCUUUCACAAAACAAUGAUGUCAACGAUUGGACAUUAACAAAUAAACGAAUAUAUGAGCUGAAAUUAUUGCAAUGUUUACGAAGGGAAUCAUUAUUUAGACGUAGCGAUAAACAAAAAAAUCACAAAUACACAUUAUACUAAUAAACAAAAAUAACCUCAAAACCCACAAAUAAUCCUAAAGAAAUUUCA